AUGUACCUCUCCGCCAUCCUCGGCCUCGCCGGCCUCACGGCGGCCUCGCCCAUGCUCGCCCCCCGCGACACGCCCACAGCCACGCCGCCCACGUCCAAAUCACGAGGCUUCCAGCUCGUCGUCAACGUCACCAGCCUGUCGCGCGACUUCUCGCCGUCGAUCCACCAAAAGUACGUCAACAGCAUCCACGUCGGCGCGGGGCAGUCCCUGCUCGGCAUCGGCGACAGGACCGAGCACCCGCGCACCUUUUACAUCAACGGCACGGCGCUCGAGUUCCACUUUGCCAACUCGACCGUCGUCUCGGACGCCGGCACGCCCUCGGCGCCCUGGGGCGUCAGCCUCGGCAAGGACCGCGGCUCCGACGCGGCGAGCACCGCCCACCUCGACGCCGGGCCCGGCGCAAGGGGCAUCGGCCUGACGCGCUGGUCCGUCCCCUACACCUUCAUGUACCCCGAGACUUCGGCCUGGGGCUCCGGGGGCCCGAGGCCAUCCCCGACAACUGCGUGCCCGCCGGCGGCCUCGCCCAUGCUCGCCCCCCGCGACACGCCCACAGCCACGCCGCCAACGUCCAAAUCACGAGGCUUCCAGCUCGUCGUCAACGUCACCAGCCUGUCGCGCGACUUCUCGCCGUCGAUCCACCAAAAGUACGUCAACAGCAUCCACGUCGGCGCGGGGCAGUCCCUGCUCGGCAUCGGCGACAGGACCGAGCACCCGCGCACCUUUUACAUCAACGGCACGGCGCUCGAGUUCCACUUUGCCAACUCGACCGUCGUCUCGGACGCCGGCACGCCCUCGGCGCCCUGGGGCGUCAGCCUCGGCAAGGACCGCGGCUCCGACGCGGCGAGCACCGCCCACCUCGACGCCGGGCCCGGCGCAAGGGGCAUCGGCCUGACGCGCUGGUCCGUCCCCUACACCUUCAUGUACCCCGAGACGUAUGCCGUCUGCAACGAGAGCGUCCCCUACUACGGCGGCAGGCCGUGGCUGGUUGUCAAGCAGUUCGGCCUGGGGCUCCGGGGGCCCGAGGCCAUCCCCGACAACUGCGUGCCCGUCCGCCUGUUUGCCCAGUGCGCCGACCUGGACGACUUGCCCGACGGGUCCUUGUCCAGCCACGAGUUUGCCUACGAGACCGAGUGCUACGACGACGUCGCGGCCAUUGAGUGGCCCAAGUACCGUCCCUGGUGA